CUUUAUUCUAAGGUUUGGAAACAUAACUCUAUUGGGAAAGAGAAAGAGAGGUAUUGGAUCUGUGUGUGGGAACUUGUAUGUUACAGCAUCUCACCCUCACUCUCCCUCUCUCACUCCCUUCUAAGUAAGUAUUUCAGUCUCAAAGGAGGACACUGUUCUUGUUAAAUGAAAAUGAAGCCUGCUACGAUUGAUCUGGAUGAUUAUGAGAGUAGUGAGAACCAGAUAGUUCCUGAUUCUGGAGAUUUUAGGUUAGAAAGACGAUGGAAGAGACGGGAACUUUCAAAUAUACGUGAAAAGCACAAUCACCAUGAUAGUGGUACAAGAUCAACCAUAAAUAAUUGUGGAAAUGUGUCGUUUUUGUCAAUACAAGAGGGUCCUAUGUCAGAGGAUGAAAUGGAUGAAGAUUACAAAUUGUUUUUGGUUACAUAUAAUUAUGAAGAUAUUGAUGUUGUCAGUGGCGAUAACGCUGAUGAUCCUGAUAAUGACAUUAAUAUUGGCUACGACAGCGUCCAUUAUGAUCCUCAGUAUAUGAUGUUUUUGGGGGAAGAAAGGUUUCAUAACGAUCCCAAGUUAGACACUGGGAUGAUGAAUGGUUCAAAACAAAGGUAUGAAACAAGAAAAAAUGGAAAUAAAGGAAGUGGUUCAGUGAGAAAACCGUCAAGUGGCCCAAUAAAAUCUCAGCUGAAUUUGGGGGGUAAAAGAAGACUUAGUAAGAAAAGGCCAAGUGAAGAUGUUUCUGAUGUGCCCGGGAACAAUUUCUACACUGAGAUGAAGGGUUCAAAACAAAGCUAUGAGACUGGAAAUGCAGCAUAUAAAGGGAGUGAUUCACUGCAAAAACAAACAAGUUGCUCAUUGAAAUCUUGUCAGAAUUUGGAGGCUAAAAGAGGACAUAGCAAGAAACGACCACAUGAAUAUGUUUGGGGUCUGCCCCAAAACAUUUGUCACAAUGAGAUGAUGAAUGGUCCAAAACAAACUUGUGAGUCUGGAAAUAGAGGGAGUGAUUUAGUGAGAAAACAGACAAGGGUCAUAAUGAAAUCUCAGCAGAAUUUGGAGGCUGGAAGAGGACUUAGUAAGAAAAGGCCAUAUGAAGAUGUUUCAGUCGUGCCCGAGAACAAUUGCCACAGUAAUACGGAACUAGAUGUUGUGGAUGAAGAUUACCAGAUAUUCCUGAAUUCUUGUAUUGAUGACUAUGUACCUAGUGAAUUAAUAAGAAAGACUUCAAGUGUCAUGGGAAAUUCACAAGUGUCUGAUCAUGAGAUGAAUGAAGGCGAUGAAGAUUACCUACAAUAUCUGAAUUCUCUAAGUAUUUUUGAUGAUGAGGUUGAGUGUAUGGCUGAAAGGAAUAACUCAAAGACAGACAUGCCUGAGAGGAAUACCACAAAGCCAGACAUGCCUGAGAAGAACACCUCAAAGACAGACAUGCCUAAGAGGAAUACCACACAGACAGACAUGCCCAAGAGGAAUACCACAAAGACAGACAUGCCUGAGAAGAACACCUUAAAGACAGACAUGCCUCAGUGGAAUACCACAGAGACAGACAUGCCUAAGUGGAAUACCACAGAGACAGACAUGCGUAAAAGGAAUACCUCAUAUACAGACAUGUCUAAGAGGAAUACCACAAAGACAGACAUGCCUAAGAGGAAUACUUCAAAGACAAACAUGCCUGAGAAGAACAGCUUAAAGACAAACAUGCCUCGAAGAAAUACCUUAGAGACAGACAUGCCUAAGUGGAAUACCAUAGAGACAGACAUGCCUAAGAGGAAUACCUCAGAGACAGACAUGCCUAAGAGGAAUAUCACAAAGACAAACAUGCCUAAGAAGAAAACCUCAAAGACAGACAUGCCUAAGAGGAAUACAUCAGAGACUGAUAUGCCUAAGUGGAAUGCCAUAGAGACAGACAUGCAUGUGAGGAAAACCUUAGAGUCAGGCAUGCUGGACUGGAAUACCUUCAAAACAGACAUACCUGAGAGAAAUACCUUACAUACACAUAUGCCUGAGAGGAAUAUCUCAAAUUCAGUUAAUGUGGAUGAUGACAGUAAUUCUUCUGAACCUGAUGUUAUCCUUCUAGAACCUGAUCAAAUUCAUGAGAACUCUCCAUUUGUUUCUUCGAAAACAUAUGAUUUGUCUUGGUUUGAAACUGAAGUGAACCUCAAAGACAACUGGCAAUUAUCUGCUUACGAUCAUUCUCAGUUUAGGAAAAGACUUAUGAAUGACCUUCAAAGGCCUUAUGACAAAGAAGAACAUGAUAGACUUCUGCUUGAAGUAAAUCAGAAGAGGAAAACAGAGCGUCAUAUUGAAACACGUCAAGGGGUGGUCAAAUCUUAUUGCACUAAGGGUGUUAACAAAUCGUAUCUUGAGUUGUAUCCUGAAAUAGCUAAAGCAAUGACUAAGUUCAGAAAACCAGAAAUGGUUUUAUUUAUCCUGCGCGGAUUUAUUUUCUGGUUGCAAAAUUUGACCCACCAAGGGAUAUUUAAGCCCUGGGAUGACAACUUAUGCUUGGAAAUUUUAAGCAAAAUGUGAGAAGGGAAUCUUUGUUUUUUCCAAGAUUUGAAAGGAAGAGUUACCCAACAAAGUCUCUAUAUAUGUUUAUAGUUAACUUUAUCUUGGAACUUUCACCUACUUGGUGAAAGAAAGAUUGAUAAGUUGUGGUUCUCAUUUGUGUUCUAUAAGGAAAAAUGAACUUCUUAGAAGCUUUGUCUAUUAUUUGGUAUACCAUGGUGGUUCUCUUUUUGUCUAUAUUGUAAUUGCAUCAUUCAGAACAUGAUAUUAUAUGUUCCUCAGCUACUUCAUCUUGAGCUCAUAUGCAAAGAUAUUAUGCAUGUCUCUGUUUCUGAAA